AUGCUACACCCACCGCCCUCACCAACCUCGCUUGCUAUUGGCGAAGCACUCGGAAUUACAUUCAUCCGGUCCACGACAAUGCGGCCUGCACGGGCAAAAUGGUCCCAAAAAGCAAGCAACUUUGAUCCCCGCGCCGGGGCUGCUCGACUUCCACCAAAGAUGUCGAAAGAAGCGCCACUCUCAAUUGCGGAGCGCGACUUCAUUCUCGAGGCGCUCCGUGAGGAUGUUCGUCUCGAUGGUCGCCAGCCUGACCAAUAUCGUCCUCUGAAUAUUUCCUUUGGUGAAGAAUACGGACAUGUCAAGCUGCAGCUUGGGAAGACGAGCAUUAUCGUUCGCAUCUCCGCUGAAGUCACUAAGCCGCACGAAGAUCGACCCUUCGACGGUCUCUUCAACAUUAACAUGGAGCUGACUGCAAUGGGUUCACCUGCUUGGGAGAAUGGACGAUCCAAUGACCUGGAAGCCUACGCCACCAACACUCUUGACCGUAUCAUCCGCCAUUCAAACGCCCUUGACACUGAAUCGCUGUGUAUUCUGAAGGGAGUUAGCUGCUGGGCGAUUCGGGCCGAUGUUCACGUUAUCGACUUCGAUGGAAACAUUACUGAUGCAGCCUGUAUUGCAAUCAUGGCUGGACUGCAACACUUCCGCCGGCCGGAUGCUGUGGUGCGGGAUGGGCGUGUCAUCGUCUACGGGGUAGAGCAGCGUGUUCCUGUUGCCCUCAACAUCACCCACAAACCUCUUUCAGUUACAUUCCACACUUUCAACGACAGCAAGCAUGUCAUUGUUGAUGCCACCCUCAAGGAGGAACAGGCUGCGGAGGCAGAUCUGGUCAUCGGUAUCAAUAGCGCCGGUGAUGUCUGCUACCUUUCAAAGUUCGGAGGUGCACCGGCCGAUGCUAUGGUCAUAGUGAACAAGACCAACGUGGCAUGGGAGAAGGUUAAGGAGAUUAAUGCUGCCAUUGACAAGGUCCUUCAAGCCGACUUGGCUAAGCGGGCGAAGAUUGGCAUGGCUGAUGAGUCUCGGGCCGAAAAUGACCGGUUGGUUCAGCUCGAGUGA